AUGGCCUGGUAUUGUAGGGGUUGGACUUGUGGCCAUGAGGGUAUUAGGUUCGGGGGUUUACCCGGUUUUUAUGCUCAUGCGGUGCCUUACGAUUAUACAUUCAUACAAGAGUGUUUGGCGAAACCGUUAGUUCCACAGUAUAAUGGAGGCAUAGUUAUAAAUCCUGAACUUAAUGAAGGAUUGAAGGGGUGGGAAGCAUUUGGAGAAACAACUGUAAAGCAUGUAGAAUCAAACGACGCGUGGUUGCGAGUAAGCCGCGGUAAUGCUGAUGUAGCAGCUGUCUUUAAGACACAAAAUGAUAAUGAGAAAAAGAAAGAGAGAGAGACAGAUAUUAGUAUUGGAUGGGUAAAGGCCCGAAGCGGCUGCUGGUCGAUGCUCAAAGCCGGCUUCGUCGUUGCCACAUCCACAACCGCCCGCCUUAUCUUUAAGUUUCCAUUUCAGGCACGCAAGAGGCGCGUGAAGUUCCGAGUCCUGGACCAGAAGAACCGCCCUGUCCAAAACGCCACCGUUUCGUUCAAACAAAUCAAACCCAAAUUCUCCCUGGGCUGCACCAUAAACCCUAACGUCCUCACCAAUGCCGCCUACCGGAAUUGGUUCACCUCGCGGUUCAAAUUCACAGUCUUCGAGAAUGAAUUGAAAUGGUAUAUCAACGAGAAAACCCGAGGAGUCGAGAACUACGCCGACGCCGACGCCCUGACGGAAUUCGCCAAGGCGCAGGGAAUCACGAUUCGCGGACACAAUGUCCACUGGGAUAACCCCGACCUCCAGCCGCCGUGGGUCGGAGGACUGUCGCCGGCCGAUCUGGCGGCGGCGGUGGAUAAAAGGAUCAAUUCCGUCGUCGGAAGGUACCGCGGGGAGUUCAUCCACUGGGACGUGGUGAACGAGAAUCUGCACUUCAAUUUCUUCGAGAGCAAGCUUGGGGCGAACGCUUCGAGCAUCAUCUACCAGAAGGCGAACAUGAUAGACGGCGAGAUGACGCCGUUCCUCAACGAUUUCGGCACCAUCGAAUACGGUGACGACGCGGCAGUGUCGCCGGCGAAGUACUUGCAGAGGAUAGCGGAGAUUAGGGGUCAGGGGUAUGAAGGUCCUUUGGGCAUCGGAUUGGAGGGACACUUUGGGUUCCUGAGCCAUUCCAACGCACCCAAUCUGCCGCACAUCAGGUCUGCCCUGGAUCAGCUCGCCUCCGCUAAGCUGCCCAUUUGGGUUACCGAAUUUGAUGUCGGCCCGGAUCCAAAUCAGGCAAAAUAUGUGGAUGAAAUUCUCCGGGAACUACAGAGUCAUCCGGCGGUGGAAGGCGUGAUGAUUUGGGGUGCAUGGACUCCAAACGGAUGUUACAGGAUGUGUUUGACGGACAACAAUUUCAAUAAUUUGGCGACGGGCGAUGCAGUGGACAAGAUUAUGAGUGAGUGGAGAUAUGUACCAGAGUUACCUACAGCGGUAGAUUCCAAUGGAUAUGUUGAGGCUUCGCUAUUUCAUGGCCAAUACGAAGCUCAAGUAAAUCUUAUGCGCAGCCUCGAAGGAGAAGGGGAAAGGGAAAGGGAAAGGAAAGGAGACGAAUAUACCAAACUUCAUAACUUUGAUGUCGAGGAAGCACCGGAAGAAGUGCACUUUAGGAUCCACUUUGAAUGAAUCAUGUAACAAUCUAUCUGGCUAUCUUAUCUAUAUCUGUUAUCAAGGAUUUGUUGUCCCAACCAAAAUGCUAACUUCGAUUUUUUAUUAUAUUUACAAAAGGAAUACACAUAAUAAAACUA